AUGUCUGAUGAAAAGGUUCUGCCAGAGCGCAAUGGCCUGGAUGGAUCUGGCCAGGCUUCACCAAAUGGGUCUAAAAACCUCACUCCAGGAUUGCCCGAGUUCACGCUUGGCAGGCGUGGAAUCCUGGCCUUCUUUACGCUAUCAGUGUUGACCUUGAUGGUUGCGCUAGAUGGGACCUCUAUCUCUGUCGCUUUGCCUACCAUCACACAAGAUUUGAAAGGAACGGCAAUUGAGGCAUUCUGGAGCGGAACUGCUUUUCUUCUGUGUUCGACAGUCUUCCAACCAAACUUCGCCUCUUUCUCGAGCAUCUUCGGUCGACGACCGCUUGUGCUAGUUGCUCUCGUCUUCUUCUUCGUUGGAACGAUUAUUGCCGCCAUAGCCAAGAACUUCACCUACUUGCUCGUGGGCAGAUCGAUUCAGGGCGUGGGAGGCGGAGGACUGAUUGCCCUCAGUGAGGUGAUUGUCACUGAUCUCGUCCCCUUGCGUCUUCGAGGCCAGUAUUUUGGUAUAUUGUCCGCCAUGUGGAGCGUGGGAUCAGUCACGGGGCCUAUCCUUGGAGGCGGAUUCUCUCAGGAUGUCAGCUGGCGCUGGAUAUUCUACAUCAACUUCCCCUUCAUUGGAGUUGGUGCUCUGGCUAUCCUCCUCUUCCUCAAACUGAACAUCAUCCCUACUUCCCUGGCCGAGAAACUCCGCCAAAUUGACUACGUCGGCACCGUCAUGUUCGUCGGCAGCAUGUCUUCGUUCCUGAUUCCAUUGACAUGGGGCGGCGUUCUCUAUCCCUGGGAUUCAUGGCGGACGCUUGUCCCUCUAAUCAUCGGCGCCUGUGGCCUGGCCGUGUUUGCGUACUACGAGUAUACAUUCGCAACGGACCCAAUUAUUCCGCCGAAGAUCUUCCAGAACCGUACGGCAACUGUAUCAUUCAUUGGAAGUCUUCUACAGGGUCUCGUGCUCUGGUGCGUCCUCUACUAUCUGCCAUUAUACUAUGAGGCUGUGAAAGAAUACAGUCCUAUCGUUUCCGGAGUCGCGCUAUUCCCGGAGUCUUUCACGGUAGCCCCUAGCGCCAUGGUUGUGGGUAUACUCGCGACAAGAUGGGGCCAUUACAGGUGGGCUAUCUGGCUCGGAUGGCUCCUCUCAACGCUCGGCGUCGGCCUCAUCUGCUACAUCAGAGUCGAUACGAGCAUUCCCGCCUGGAUAUUCCUAAAUAUUGUUCCCGGAAUUGGCCUGGGUCUGCUUUUCCCAUCGUUGGGAUUCGCAAUCCAAGCCUCAGCCACGAGCGACACUCUCGCCAUCGCCGUGGGAAUGUUCAGCUUUUUCCGUGCCAUGGGCCAAGCUAUUGGUGUGGCUAUCGGUGGCGUCGUAUUCCAGAACCGUAUGUAUCACAAUCUGCUAAAGUACCCGUCUCUCGCGCCCAGAGCUAGUGAGUUCAGUCAGGAUGCGGCUGGCUUGGUCCAAGUGAUCAAAGAGAUGCCCGCCGGUGCGGAGAAGCUGAUGCUGCAAACUGCAUACACGGAUAGCUUGCGUAUCGUCUGGGCCGUGUGCUGUGCUGUCUGUGGAGUGGGAUUGCUGAGCAGUUUGCUGACGGAGAGCUAUGAUUUAAACCGGGCGAUGGAGAGCAACCAGACUUUGCGGAAUGAGAAAAGUGCUAGGUCGGAUGAGGAGUCUGGCUAA